AUGUUGUCGAUAUUCAAAGCUUUUCUCCUUUUUGCCCUGCUCAUGUUCGCAACACAAGAGCUGAAGCCGGUGCUCUGCGUGCCGUCUUCUUCCUCCAAAGACAUGAUGCGCCUCGACGGCCUUCACUACUUUCUCCACAAGCGUCAUCCUACGUUCUGCUUUACGUGCGGCUGCCCCAGACCACCUUGCAACAGAGGCGAACUUCAUCAGAGCGUUUUCAGCUCGGCUUUGGACGAGCGCACCGAGGAUACGCGCAUCAUCCAUCCUCGCGACGUCAUGAUCAAUGAAGACGAAGCAAUCGUGGAGGAGAGAGAGUCUCAAGGUAAAGCCCUACGAUACGGAGAUGCACUUUCUGACAUUUCGCUUGCCAUUCAUCAAGAGGAUCCGCCUCCCUGCUACAAGUGCGGAUGCCCAACCCCUCCUUGCUCAGCAGCCACUAACAAGGACAUUACGCUCCUCGAUACGACGCUACGCACUGUGCAAGGCAUCAGCGACCAGAUUGUCGACCUCGAAGGGGACCUUCUGAAGCGUAUGGCAGAGAAGAAAGCCCAUCUUGACAGUCCCUCAGCUGGUGCGAGGGACGACACUCCACUCGAGGCCUGA